AUGGUCUACACUUCGCCAUUACCGGAUAUUGACAUUCCUAAGGAAAACAUCCUAGACUACCUGUUCCCUAAAGAUGUUACAGCCAACGAACAGCCCGUUUGGAUCGACUCCAGCGACUUCAACAACCACGUCUCCCCCAAGCAGAUGCUACAGUGGAUCAAGAGAGUGAUCAUAGGCUUGGACAAGCUAGGACUGCAGAAGGGAGACGUCUGCCUCGUACAUACCCCAAACCAUGUCCUCUUCCCAGCAGCAUAUCUCGGCAUCGUUGGCGGUUCACGAUGCUUCUCCGCGAUCAACCCAAUCUACACCGUCGACGAAAUCGUCCACCAGAUGACCCUCACGAAUGCCAAAUGUCUGCUUGUCCACCCAGACCUAGUCGAGCGAGAUCUCGAGGCAGCGAAGAAAGCAGGCACAAUCACGCCCGACCGAAUCUUCCAAUUCACAGACGACGCGAAGCCAUGCAAGGAAAAGCUGGGAGUGAAAGAUUGGCGGCACAUGCUCGGGAGCGAACAAGAGGCGGAAUCCUUCAGAUGGAAAUCGCUCAGCCCAAGAGAAUCAGAAACCACAGUUGCGACGAUCAACUUCUCUUCAGGCACGACUGGCAUGCCCAAAGGCGUCAUGAUCAGCCACCACGCCUUGAUCGCAAACGUCGAACAAACAGCCAAGAUUCGAUGGCCAGAGAAAGACUUCUCGAAGGGAGACAGAGUCACGGAUGAACGAUGGAUCGGAUUCCUGCCGCUAUACCACGCCUACGGACAGAUGUAUGCAAACCUGAUGGCUGUGAAGUUCCAGGUGCCGAUCUACAUCAUGCGGCAAUUCGUCUACGAAGAUUACAUUCGCUGCAUCGAGAGAGCGCAGGUCACGGACCUUCAAGUCGCGCCACCGAUUCUAAUCAUGAUGGCGAAGAGACCCGAAACGCAAAAGUACGACCUCAGCUGUAUACGGAGUAUCAUUUCUGGUGGUGCACCGCUGGGGAAGGACCUGGCGAACGAGAUCGCAAAGAAGUUCAACUGUGAUGUGAAGCAGGGAUGGGGCAUGACAGAGGUCACUUGUGGCUCGAUUCUGCAGGUGGAGGCCAGAGACGACGGCACCGUGGGAAGGCUCAUCCCGAACAACCAGCUGAGGCUGGUGGAUGAUGAUGGCAAGGAUGUCGGUACGGAUACGCCAGGUGAGAUGUGGAUCAAGGCACCGAAUGUCAUGCUUGGGUACUGGAGGAAUGAACAGGCUACCAAGGAGGCGUUGACGCAGGAUAUGUGGUUGAAGACUGGAGAUGUUGCCGUGAUCAACAAGGAGGGUUUCAUUUGGAUUGUGGAUCGAAAGAAGGAGCUCAUCAAAGUCAACGCAUUACAAGUCGCGCCGGCAGAGCUCGAAGCGAAGCUCCUGACACUGGACAGCGUAGCAGAUGCCGCUGCCGUCGGUGUCACCAUCAAUAGCGAAGAAUGGCCACGAGCAUACGUUGUGCUGAGCGAGAAGGCGAAGAAGGCCAAUGUUACACCCAACCAGAUACAGGAUGCUUUCAGGCCUCUAGUAGCGAAGCACAAGGCGCUGGUGGGAGGAGUGAAGUUCGUCGAUGAGAUUCCUAAACUCGCAAGUGGCAAGAUCCAGCGCAAGAUAAUGAGAGAGUGGGCGAAGAAGGACUCUGCAGAUCUGUCAAAGAACUUCGAGCGCGCUAGACUGUAG